UGGAGCAGAAGUAUGGAACCAAGUACUUCCUCAUGGAUUCUUUAUAAAACAUCUGGCACCUCACAUGACCGGGCAGCUGACCUUGGGAUUGGGGGCAAUGCGACCUAUCACUUCAUACUCCCCGAAGAUCAGAUCCAGCCCUGCUGUGAGGAAACCAUGGUAGCCGUGACAACCAUCAUCCAGUAUGUCAAUGAUAAGCACUUCCUGAAUUCAUUUCAAGGGACUGCAGCCCUGUGGUCAGAUGCUGCCUGACCUGCCGAGUUACACCAGCAUUUUGAGUGCGUUGCUCAAGAGUUCCCACAUCUCCAGAAUCUUGUAUUUCUGAUUUGCA